UAGACCCUAUAUAAAGGGUCAUUUUUCCUAGCGGAAUCAUCAUUUUUUUUGAUCUUCUUUUCUUCAGUGGUAAUUUCUUAGUGUUCAUUCAUCCCAAAAAAGGAGGAUCCCGAUCUCUGUCAGGAGUCGCUAUGGCUUCCAAGCGGAUCUUGAAGGAGCUCAAAGAUCUUCAAAAGGAUCCUCCUACUUCUUGUAGUGCUGGACCUGUUGCUGAGGACAUGUUUCAUUGGCAAGCAACAAUCAUGGGUCCUCCAGACAGCCCUUAUUCUGGUGGGGUUUUUCUGGUGACAAUCCAUUUUCCUCCAGAUUAUCCGUUCAAGCCACCUAAGGUGGCUUUCAGGACAAAAGUUUUUCACCCAAACAUCAACAGCAAUGGGAGCAUAUGCCUUGACAUUUUAAAGGAGCAGUGGAGCCCUGCCCUAACGAUUUCCAAGGUGUUGCUUUCGAUAUGUUCUCUCUUGACGGACCCUAAUCCUGAUGAUCCUUUGGUACCUGAGAUUGCACACAUGUACAAGACAGAUCGGAACAAGUACGAGACUACUGCAAGGAGCUGGACCCAGAAGUAUGCCAUGGGCUAAACGCACAUCGGUAUUUGUGGACUCAGGGCAUUUUACUUUCAGAUACUUUGUUAUUUACAUUGGAUGUAUUAAUGAGUUGAUCUGUUCUUUGAGUUGUACCAUGGGCAGAUGGAGGGAGUCGAUGUCUUAGGAGGGGAGGAAAAUCAUGAAUGUUGAUCUUUAAUGGUUGUAUGAGCAAUUUGAUCUUUGAUAGAAACCAAUGAAUUAACCUUUUCUUCCA